AUGGUGGACUUCCCGAGCUUCGAGGCGCACGCAGUGGACCUCCCGGAUGCGGCAGAGAUGCCCCCGCACGCGGACGGGGGCGAGCUGCGCGACGCGGAGAUCCGCGCCACGCCGGCCGCGCUGCGGGCGCCGGCGGACGUGAUCUCCCGUGUCUUCUCGCAGCCGGACUGCGUCGACCUCCUCAGUUGCUCCCUCGUCUGCAGGCAAUGGUGCCGUGAUUCUGCGGAGCUACGAGAAGAGUGGAGGAUGGAGUACAGCGCCUGGAACUUGCAAGGCCUCAGUGCCGAUAACCCAUCGUCGUGCCCAACUUGCUCCAUCAGAAGCCUGCGAACCUGGUGCCCUUGA